UCUUAACCGGUGAGGCUGAGCCAGUCUGACGGCUGCCGCAGUCCUCUGAAGAUCCAGAAGGCUGUCGACCGUCACUGUUGUAGGCAUAUCUGGCGGUCGUUUGCCAUAAGAAGCGAGAUAUUAAUAUUGGAGAUCUCUGUCGAAUCUCUUAUGCCAAAAAAAUUAACCCCAAUCGACCUCGCAGUCUAGUCUAUUGUAUACUAUAGCUAGGACGAUAUGGAUCCAGUCGGUGUUGGGAUUGGCGUGGUUUCUUUGACGUUCCAGUUGUUCUCAGGAUGUGUCAAAGGAUAUCAGCUUCUUUCGGAGGCUAAAGGGAUGCCCCGAGAAUUUCAGUACCUACGUGUCCGGCUCAAGACUGAGCAAUAUCGACUACUCGACUGGGCUGAAGUCGCAAAUCUAGAUGAGCAAGAUGAGGGUCUGCUCAUCAGUAAUCAUAGCAAAGGGCUGCUUAUCGACGUCCUCGACCAACAGAAGCAAGCGCUCGAUCGCUUCGGCAGAAUUGAUGAACGACAUCAAGCAUUGAGACAUCCACUGGUCUCAGACAUGCCUGCAGAUACCAAUGUUGAGCCCACAAGUCCGGACGAGGAGCCGCGCAUGUCGCUCGAGCGAGCAGAUACGACAUUCGAGGGACGCUUUCCGCGCUCUCAAAAACUUCUCACGAAGUCUCUGGCCUGGGCUCAAUCUGCGCGUACCUAUCCCAGACGACUUCAGUGGGCGAGCUGGGACAAACAGAAGGUGGAAACUCUCAUCAUCAAGCUGACUGCCCUUAACGAUUUCAUGCGCGAGCUGCUCAACCACAAUCAACUCCAAUUACUGCAGUCAAGGCAAGUUCGGACGGAGUAUCAAAUUAUGCAAUUGAACGGCAAAGUCGACCAUCUACUCCAGAUAUUCGAAUCUGCUAUGCAUAUGCAGAGCGCUAGCGUUCGGGGACCACUCGAUCCCCUUGGUCUAUUCUUGCAGACACGGGGCCUGGCAAAUAUUGCUCAAGACCGCAUCCCUAGAGAAUCUAAAAUGCACAAUCUAGCUGCCCUCGCACAGAUCAAAGCCCUCAACUCCGCAAUCGAGGACGAUUCCGUGCUCACAGAUUCCUUUGCUCGUGAUCUCCAGCUCACAAACACCGCCUCCCAGAUCAGAGACGUAGAGCUCCCUCGUCGAGACAUCACAAUCCUCGAUAAUGAGCUUAAUGAUGACCCUCUGGAGUCCCAUCGCGUCGAAGCGUACUACACCUUCCCCAGCACCUCGUCCUCCUCGCGCCGCGGCAAGCAGCAAGUCUGGGUCGAAUGGAAAACCUACGAUCCACAAAACUUCAACGGUGGCCCAGACGCGAAAGUCCAAGAGCGCAUCCGCCAGCUCGCCAUACUUCUCAAGGAAAACAAUCGCACCGAGCAAUUCCGCGCACCGCACUGCCUGGGCUAUUUCCGUGACGUAGACCCUUCCGCGGAGGACGAUAGUUGCCGCUUCGGCCUCGUCUUUGAGAAACCGCAUGGCGUGCACCCGUCUACACGGCCUACCUCACUGCUCGACUUGCUCCGUCACGCACAGGCCGACAUGCCCUCCCUGACGGAUCGUAUCACGCUCAUGACACGCAUUGCGGAGUGUUUGGAGCGCCUACACGCUGUCAACUGGCUACACAAGGGCCUGCGCUCCGCAAACAUCCUAUUCUUCAGUGAGCACCCCGUCGGCGCUGAUGUGCUAGAUGGUAUCGAUUUCGCGCAGCCGUACGUGUCUGGCUUCGACUACUCGCGACCCGCUGCGAACGAGGACAUGACCGAGAAACCGCCCGAGAAUGCCGCGCAUGACUUGUACCGACACCCACGAACUCAGGGGUCGGGAAAUCGCGACGCCGUACCAGUAGCGAAUGGUCCUACGUACCAGACAGGUGGAUUCAAGAAAAGCUAUGAUCUUUAUGCGCUAGGGAUCAUCCUGCUGGAGAUUGCGUACUGGAAACCAAUAGAUCAGAUUCUAGGAAUUCCGAACGUGCAAAAUGCGCGGCCAAACACGACCUUAAAGGUGCGGAACCGGUUAUUAAGUGAGACCGAGGACUUUUUGAGGUUCGUGAAGAGCCAUCUGGGUAACACGGUUGAGGCAGUCGUGAAAUCUUGUAUCGUGGGUCCAACGGCAUUCAAUAUCAUGGAAAAUGAGGACGAAAGGAAAGAGGAGGUUGGUGCGAGAUUACAGAGAGCAUUCUUCGAUAUGGUCGUCGAGAAGCUUCAGCAUAUGAAGGUCUAGAUCAGAAUUCACUUACGUUUUCAUGAGACCGCCAUGGUGUCGGUAUUGGCUGAUUUCACCAAGUUCCUCGUCUUAUAGGACAGCAGUGUGGAUGUGGAGGUCAUUGCGAAAUAAUAUGAAUGGCCAAAACUUCAGUUUGCUCACUCAUAUAAUCUUC